AUGAAGGUGGACACCAAUGUCAGCACCAGCCAGAUGGAUCAAAACUGGACCCGCUACAUGGUGAUGUGCGACCGGAAGGACAUCCGGCAGCCGGUCAACUUCCAGGAGGAAAAUGAAGUGCAGGCCACCCUGGUCGGCAAUAAGGCGCUGGCAAAGCAGUACGAGAUACAGUGUCCGGUCGAGAAGGGCACGCAAAGUACCCAGUGGAUACUGAACACGCCCGUUUGGACGGUGCACAACCGGCUGGUGCAUACCGGUGUCACCCACGUGGAGGGCGGUUGGCCGCGAGACAUCGAUCGCACAGACGAGGAACUGGUCGCGCGCUAUCGCCGGAAGCAGGAGAAAAGUGAAGCUUAUGUCCAGCAGAUGCGGGGCCUGACGAGGACGAUUGAUCAUGCAAUAAUGCAAAAUAAUGCGUGCAACAUCUACCAGAACUACUUCGAGGACAUCGAGCAACACGAGCUUAUCGAACAGUUCACGUCGAAAACGGUGCACGUGUACAAGGACUACCUAGAGACGAAGCGUUCCUGCACGUAUAUCUGCUGGUCGGAGGAGGGUAACCACUUCGCCUCGGCGCACUGCAACAUUGGACAGCGCCGUGGAACCGUGACCGAUUGCUACAUCUGGGACAUUGAGCAUCCGAAUAGUCCGUUGCAAAAGUUGAUUCCACCGUACCAGACGCGCUGUCUGGAGUACAACUUCAAGGACUCGACGCAGAUGGCCGGUGGGUUGUUCUCUGGGCAGGUCGCUAUCUGGGACAUUCGAGCUGGAAGCACACCGGUGGAAGUGACGCAGCGCGAAGCGAGCCACAACGAUGUGGUGACGCGCGUCCUGUGGACCAGCUCGAAGACGACGAACGAAUUUUUGUCCGGUUCGACGGACGGUCGCAUCCUGUGGUGGGACGUGCGGAACCUUAGCGAACCGUAUGACUACUUGAACCUCGCCCCGAAGGACUUCCAGAGCAAGGAUAACGAUCCACGCCACUGCUUCGGCGUGUGUUCGGUCGAGUUUGAGCCGACCAUGCCGAACAAGUACACCGUGGGCACGGAGAACGGUAUCAUUUACAGCUGCAGCCGAAAGUACAAAACGCCCGCGGACAAAAUCCAGUCGACGAUCGUUGCCCACACGGGGCCGAUCUACUCGGUCGAGCGGAAUCCGCUGUUCAUCAAGAACUACAUCAGCGUCGGCGACUGGCAGACGAAGAUCUGGACCGAGGACUGCAAGGAUAAUCCGAUCGUGUGGACGAAGGAGUACGCCGUACAGCUGACGUGCGGCAUCUGGAGCCCGACCCGGUGCUCGUUGGUGUUCAUCUGCCGGAUGGACGGCGUGAUGGAUGCCUGGGAUGUGAUCCAUCGGUUGGAUGGGCCGGUGCUGCGCCUGAAGCUGUCCGAUGCUCCGCUCUGGUCGGUGCGCGUGCACCGUGCGGGCAAGCUGAUCGCGAACGGCACGGACAACGGGGCCAUCUACCUGACGGAAAUCUCCGACAACCUUACGUUCAGCUCCGCCAACGACAAGCCGGCCCUGUCGGGUAUGCUGGAGCGCGAGAUGCGCCGCCAGCGGCUCCUGGAGGCCAAGAUCAAGGAGAUCAAGCUGAAGGAGAAAGAACUGGAGCGCGAGCGCGUCCGGCGCCAGCUGCGCAUGGAAAAUGCCAACUCUAUCGAGGAGGAAGAGAAAGAUCUGGUGGCGGACGCGAUGCAUCAGUUCUGGACGAAGAUACAUGGCCGCAAGAGUCUCAAGAACACGCUGAAGGGCAUUCGAAUGCGCGACACGGGCGUCGGGUUACUCGCGAAAGACAAAAAAGCCAAAAAGGAAAAACGCUAA